GCGUUCAUCACGUCCCGGCUGGAUUACUGUCAUUCUCUGUAUGUUGGACUCAGCCAGUCGUCUCUCUCACGUCUCCAACUGUUCCAAAUGCAGCUGCCCGUCUUCUGGUUGGAGGACGUAGGAGAGUCCGCAUCACGCCAAUUUUAGCAUGGCUGCACUGGCUGCCUGUGCAUGUUAGAGUUCACUUUAAGAUUCUUUGACUUGUUUUUAAAUCUUUACAUGGUCUGUCCCCGCUGUACCUCUCUGAACUUCUCUCUCCUUACUCGCCAGCCCGGUGCCUCAGAUCAGCUGCUUCUGGAGGUACCGAGGUCCAGAUGAAGCUCAGAGGGGACAGAGCUUUUGCUGUCGCUGCUCCAAAACCGUGGAACUCUCUGCCACUGUCCAUCAGAGAAGCUCCAUCACUGCCCAUUUUUAUUUUAAUUCAACAUGAGACUUCUGUUAUUGCUGUGUUGCUGUACUGGUUUGAUUGUUUUUAUCUCUCUAUUUUUAAUCUUGUUUUAGUGUUUGUUUUCUUCAUUUCUCGUGUUCAGCACUUUGUGUCGGCUGCUGCUGAUUGAAAGUGCUCCAUAUUAAAGAGGAGUUGAGUUGAUGUCACAAAGGUAUCUGCAUUUCCUGGGAGGAGAAUGAGCAACAUGUACGUGUGACACGGCCAAAAUGUUUCCUUUAGUUCGUUUUACUGAUUACUUUGCUCAUUUAUCUCUGAGAAGAAACAAGAAAUUGUUUUUCUAAAAUUCCACAUCUUUAUUAGAUCCAAGUGAGCCGCUGCUAGUAGUCAACACUUUUAUAAAAAAAAUACAAUAAACUUACUAAACCAUAAAACAGUGUGUUUUAAUUUAUUCAAAAAACCUUAAAUUCUUAAAAAUGCCCAAUCAUAAUUUUCAUUUAUAUUUUUACUGGACAGAUUCCAUAAAUGAUAAACCAUAAAUCAAUGUCUGAUCAUACAGGUUCACCCGAUAACUAACUACUUUUGGACUUUUCAUCAAAUAAUGGUUUGAACAAACUCUCCUCUUCUUCAGGCAUAAAUUUAAGUGACCUGUACUUUAUCCACCUCUUCGUGCUUCUUGGAGACUAGAAACAUGUUGGGAAAAAAGUGAAAACCUGUCGGAUCAACCAGGUUAACGAGUUCAUGCCUGGAUUAUCUCAGACGUGUGGAGACUCAAACCGAUAAUGUGACCAUUUUCGUUCUCGUUAGGUUCAGAUAAAGGUCAUUUAAACGACAGUUUUUAAACCAACCAAACCCCAUACCAUGAUAUGCCACCUCCAAGCUCCACCAUUCAGGCGCUUUCAGCUCAUGUUGGUCCAGAAAGUGUCUUAUUUUGAAAAACAGUUUUAACAAGCUUCUUUCCCAGACCUAAACUCUUCUCCUCUAGGGUUCAUCACUCCUUCCUGCUCCUUCAUUCACGCGUUCCCUACGUUCAUGUUUGGUCUUCAGCCAGAAGAACGUGGUUCAGUCCACGGAUGGACUAGAGUUCUGCUGUUUCUGACCCGUGGUUGAACAUUUUUUGGAUGUUCCCAUCCUGUGGAGCAACAACCUCAUUGUUGGGUUUCCAUGAUUUGGAGCGAUCUGAGCGCCACAUCCUUCUGGAAGCAGAGGCGCUGAGCUCGGCACUCUGCCUGCGGGCGACACAAAGGCGGCGCUGAAUGGUCCGGCCCUGCAGCCAAUCAGCUCAGAGCAGCAGGAGCGGAUCGCCCUCUGCGAGCGGUCGGCGGGGGCCACUGUCCAGCUGGACUCCAGCAGCUGUUGGGGAGGGGAGGGGGGGGCCUGAAAGAAUUUUCUAAUUGUACCAAUUGUCUAUAAAAAUUAAUGUGCGAGUUAAAAUCCCUCCUCAUGAGUUCAAAGACAGAAAUGAAAGACUCUGAAGACUCCAAGGUAAAAGUUCAUAACUCGACCCGCUUCUGCUAAAUAACAAGGUUAAACUGAUGGACGACCUGCGAAGACCUAAAGACCAAACGGACGGGACGGCGAUGAGCAGAAACGACCAGAAGGGAGUGAGGCUGACGGGGAGGUACUGGAGCCAAACGGAAGGAGGUCCGUCCAUCGUCCACACUCCCAUCGGCUCCCAGAUCCCCCCACACCCCUCCACAGUCGUCGCCAUUGGACCUCAGCUCCAAAGAUCUCCGCUUGAUGAGCCAAAGGCGGAUGGAGAGGCUUGGACGAGGGACACGCCCUCUCAGACCAGGGCGUCCUUUGGGGAAACGGGUUUUCCUCGGCAGACGGUGCCGGAGCUCAAGUCCAUCUUGAGAGGCGGUCCUUUGUUCUGCAUCAGCGGAGGAGAUGAUGGGGAACCAGGAAGUCCCUGUCAGGACUGGAGCAGCAGUGGUGGUGGAGGUCCGGGUGGUGGUCAGGACAGAGCUUUCAGUACCUUCAAACCCCAAAGGGAUGCUUCCAGAAGAGGGGCCAGGUCCAGAGGCAUCACAUCUAUUCAGCUCCCCCCCAGCGUGGAUUCAUCCAGCUCGUUCAGGUCUGCCACCCACACAAAUAGGAGUCCGGGAGUCAGGACCGACGCACAUUCAAGCGGCAGCUCCUGGGGGGCAGACACUGGAGGUUCUCACUCAGAAAACGACAUCACGACCAUCGCGUUCUCUGGAGACCAGUGGUUCAUGGCGUCCAUGGAGCAGAUCAAGCAGCAGAUCGCCCGAGAAAACAUCAACUUUGUCCGCUUCGAGGCCACGGACCUCCACGGCGUGUCGAGGUCCAAGACCGUGCCUGUCCGCCACUUCCACGAGAAGGCGGUUUACGGCGUACCCAUGCCACGGAGCUACCUGGAGCUGACGCUGAGCCCCAAGAGCAACGAGGUGGACCACGCCAGCACCGCCAACUUCAGCAGCGAUGUCCUCCUGAUCCCUGACCUCUCCACCUUCAAGCUCUUGCCCUGGGCCGAGCAGACGGCGCGGGUCAUCUGUGACCCGUGCACCGUGACAGGAAGUCCCCUCUGGACGUCUCCUCGCCUCAUCGCCAAGCAGCUCCUCGGCCAGCUCCAGAGCCUGGGAUUCUCCCUGCACUCGUCCUUCACGUACGAAUGCUGCGUCUUGGGAGCGCCGGAGCGGAUCGGGCCGAAGACGCUCCUCUUCCCCGCCACCACCCUUCUCAGCAACCAUGACCUGCCCUUCUUUCAGCAGCUGGUGGACAGCAUGUACUGCAUGGGUGCCGACAUUGACAGCAUAGCGUCCGCCAGCGGCCCUGGCCAGAUGGAGAUCAACCUGAGGCCAGAGUUUGGGAUUUCUGCCGCCGACAGCGCGUUCACCUUCCGCACAGGCAUCAAGGAAAUGGCUCGCAAACUCAGCUACAUAGCCAGCUUCUUCACCGAUGACGGCCUCUACAACGCCGGCGUGCUCUCCCACAGCCUGUGGGACGCCAACGGCCGACGGAGCCUCUUCCACGGCGGCGAGAAGCCCGGCGAGCUGUCUGAGAUUGGUAGAAAGUGGCUGGCGGGGCUCCUGACCCACUCGGCCGCCUUGAGCUGCCUGAUGUCGCCGGGCCUCGGCUGCAGGAACCACAUGGCCAAGACGAUCAAGGACCCCAAACGCCUCCUCUACGCCACCUGCGGCUGCAACGACAACAGCAGCUCCUUUAACAUCAAGAGCCACGGCGGGAGGGAGACGCACGUCGACAACAAGCUGGGGUCCGCCAUGGCCAACCCCUACAUCGUGCUGGCCGCCACCGUGGCCGCCGGGCUGGACGGAAUCCGGAGGAACCUGACCGUCGAGAGCUCCCUGACCAAAGCUCCCAGCCAGCAGAAAGACUUCUCCAUCCCCAUAAAGAUGGACGACGCUCUGGAGGCGCUGGAGGAGGACCACGUCAUCCGCAGCGCGCUCGGAGAACCCUUCGUUCAGUAUUUCAUCGCCAUGAAGAAGUUCGAGAUCGAGACCCAGGAGCUGGACGACGAGAGGAACAAGUGUCUGGAGUAUUUCAUCUGACAGAGACGCCACUCCUUAUUUUAGAAACCAGAUUCUUUCACAUUCUGUGAAAUAAAGGACAAUGAGCUCCAACCUGCGUGCUGAACUAUUGGAGUGGUUUGGUGUCACUGAAGAUUUCAAGAAAUAUUUACACUUUCAUGCAAAAGUGCUCAAUAAAAGUCUGUUUUUCAUGGAUUCCAUUAAAAAAAUGUUUUUUGUUCUAA